CGGAGAUCCGGGGGAGCCUCAGCCACAGUCGGAGGGACGAGUGGUCACAGGUCCAGAAGGAGAGAGGGAAGGACGGACAGCGUGGGUCUCAAGGCACAACCUGCGGUUGAAUCCCCGGGGGUCCCAGCGCCCCCUUCCCUCCCCCGCAGAGGGGGCGGACAUGACCGGUCGGGGGGCCACCGUCUUCCUGCUGCUGUUGGCGGGGGGUGCGGCCUGGAGACCCCCGAAGGGGAAAUGUCCUCCCACGUGCUCCUGCAGCAAGGACUCGGCGCUGUGUGAGGGGUCCGUGGGGGUCCCCAGCGGCUUCGCUCCCAGCCUGCUGGCCCUGUCUCUGGUGCGGUCCGAGGUGCCCCGGCUCACGGAGCGGGCGUUCAUGAAGACCCCGUCUCUGCAUCUCUUGCUCUUGACGUCCAACGUUUUUGCGGUGAUCGGAGAUGACGCGUUCGCGGGACUCGUCCACCUGCGCUACCUGUUCAUCGAGGGGAACCGGGUGACUUCCAUCUCCAAGAACGCGCUGAGGGGUCUGCGCUCCCUGACGCACCUGAGCCUGGCCAAUAACGGGCUCCAGACGCUUCCGAAGCAGCUGUUCCGCGGGCUCCGGACCCUCAGCCACGUGGACCUGCGUGGGAAUCCGUUCGUGUGUGACUGCCGCCUGCUCUGGCUGCUGCUCUGGCUGCCCCGGGGCAACGCCAGCGUGGGCGCUGGGACCUGCGUGGGGCCGCCCCCGUGGAACCAGACUCAGCUCAGCGCUCUGGAUCCGCUGGCCUUCCGCUGCCACGUGGCCGAGCUGUCAUGGGUGCAGGCGCUGGGGGAGCCCGCUCUGGGGGCUGAGACCUUCUCCUACCUCGGGGAGACCCACGUGCUGCUGACCCAGCCUUUUGCCGGCCGCUGCCUCUUCCUCCGUUGGGACUACACCCUGCAGCGCUUCCAGCCUGAUGGCCACAUUCCCGCCCGCUCCGUGGUGUCCUGCAAGCCGCUGGUGCUGGGCUCCCGGCUGUAUGUGCUGGCCGCCCGGCUGUGGGGGGGUUCAGAGCUGUGGCUGCGCCCCUCGCCCGGCCUGCGUCUCGCCCCGUCCCAGCCCGUGGCCCCCGAGCGGCUGCGCAAGCCCAAUGACGCCGAGGUCUUGUGGCUGGACCAGGCCGCCUGCUUCCUGGUGGUGGACGCCAGCAAGGCCGGGCGGACGACGCUGCUGUGCACCGGCUCUGGCCCCCGUGCGGGGCCCGGCUUCUACCCGCGCCAGAGCCUGCACGCGUGGCACCGGGACACGGACGCUGAGCCGCUGCUGCUGGCGGGCGAGCCGCACCUGCUUCUGGCCUCGGCCGCCCAGCGCCCCGUGCUCUACCGCUGGCGCGCUGGGGCCUUCGAGCGCCACACCGACCUGCCCGGGGCCGAGGACGUGUACGCGGCCCGACACUUCCGCGCGGGGCCCGACCUGGUGCUCUGCCUCACCCGUGUCAUCGGAGACUCCAUGGUGAUGCGCUGGGACGGCGCCAUGUUCCGGCUGCUGCAGGCCCUGCCCUCCCGCGGCUCCUUGGUGUUCCAGCCCCUGCGCAUACGCGGGGAGCAGCUCGCCAUUCUGGGCAGUGACUUCGCCUACAGCCGCGUGUUCCGCUUCGCGCCGGACCCCGGCGUCCUGGAGCCACUGCAGGAGCUGGGGCCCCCGGCCCUGGCCGCCCCCCGCGCCUUCACCCUGGUCCCGGUGGCUGGACGACACUUCCUCUUUGCCGCCUGCUUCAAGGGGCCCACCCAGGUGUACGAGCACCGCCUUAGGGACCUCGGCGCCUGACCUGGUGGGGGCACGUGAAGGUGCGGGGCUAGUGCAGAGGCUCAGGUGGCCCCGCCAAACAGGGGCCCAUUUCUUGGCUUUCCAUCCCACCCCUCUUAAACACUGCUCAUUUCCUGUCCUCCCCUACACCCCAAGCCUGGCAGAGAGCAAAGCCGGGCCUGCCCGGAGCAGACAACCCGAGCUGGAAUGAGACUGAGAGGCGUAGAAGGUCACUCUCUGCGGGAGGUGGCAGAGUGAGCCAUUUCCCUCCCCCGGGGCCCAGGCAGCUGGGACCACCUGGGCAGUCUGCCCAGAGCCCAAAGCUGUGGCUUGGUCCCGCUGGCAAGGGCCUUGCUGACACCGCCUCCAGUGCCCACGAGAGAGCCGGGGUCCCCUGAGUGGGAACCACCUGUCCUGGCAGAGAUCAGCAAGAAAUACGGAGGCAUGGGCUGGUUCUGGGUGGGGAUGGGGUCACCAGAGGACACCAGGAGGGCUGGAUAUGUGGUGACUUGAGGGGGCAGCCCUGGGCUGGAGGGGGUGGAGCUGAGACCUUUGAGAGCCCCUUCCGUGCCGGGGUUAUGACUCAGUGGGCGCUAGGUAGCGCAGUAAAGACUUGGGAAACAGUCAUUGACCGCCACCCCCUGUCUCUGUGGGUCUUUGGCCUGCAUGGGAAUCUCUGGGCAGGACACUGGGUGCCUCUGGCCCAUCUGGGGGGUUCUGGGCAUCUCUGGACCACAGAGGGGCUUCUGUGGGGGUCUCUGGACAUUUCUGGCACACAGGGUCUCUGGGAGUUUUAGCCUAUAUGGCAGUCUCUGGGCAUCUCUGGCCCUUGCCCCCACCUCUUCUGGAUCAUAUCCCCUAAGGUCAAGGCACGGAGUCUGAAUUCUGGGGGACUGAGAAGAGCUAUGUGAGAAAACUGACCUCCACCCACCUAGUGCCCUGUUCCCCCAGCAGCCACAGGCCUGGGGGCUCGUUGGUGUGGAG